GUAAGGAUCAAUAAAUUGCGUUACGUUGGACUCGUUCAACCCGGAUCUUUGCUCCCAGAGAUCCAAAGUUCGGAUCCGGACUCGGAUAAAACCCGGAGCGCUCCAGAGCUUCGGCACAGUCUCCUGUCCUGCAGUGGGUCCAGGUGUCUCAGUCCUCAGUGAAGAUGAAGUCCAGUUUGUUCCUGGUGGCGGUUCUGGUGUGCGGCCUGGUCGGCGCUCAGCAGGGCGGUCUGCCUGAGCGGGUCCAGAAGCUGGAGGCGGACAACGACAUCCUGACCAAAUCCAGGGUGGCGUUCUCCGCCGCACUCGUCGACACCAACGAAUGGACCGCCAAGGGCCCGUUUGAGGCUGAUGAAACUCUGAAGUUCGAGAGAGUGAUCACCAACAUCGGCAACGGAUAUGACCCGGCAACAGGUCUCUUCACCGCCCCGGUCAAAGGACUCUACUACAUCCAGGUCACUGGAAUCGCCGGUCCGAACGGUGAGCUGCACGCCGGGGUGAAGAAGAACGGAGUAAACAUGUUCGCCAUCUACCAGAAAGCAGGAACCCAGGCCGGCGCCUCCAACGCCAUGGUGCUGGUUCUGGAGCAGGGAGACCGGGUCUACGUCCAGCUGUGGGCCAGGAAGACCAUCGCUGACCAGGGCCGCCUCAGCACCUUCACCGGGUUCCUCGUCUUCCCCAUGUAGAUGAAGGUCCUGAGCCUAACAAACUGCUGGGCCCUUUAAGGGGCGGAGCUUAGAGCAGCAGCAUGCAGAUGAAGGAAACAGGAGCUGUAGAGUUUAUCGUUAGCAUGUUGUUCUUUAAUUUGCUGUUUGCAAUUUAUUCCUUCCUUUGAUGUGUGUCCGUGGAAAUGUGGGUAAGUCAUGUUGGAAGUUAAUGACAUUGUUUAUGCAGCAAGUAUUUCAGUUUUUGUUUUGUAGCUUGAGAACUUAAGAGCUUCACAACGUGGGUUUUGUCGUCUAUUUAUUUAGAAAUGGGAUGUUUGUAACCAUUAAUAUUACAGUUGUUUAGUAUGUGUGAUAUUAUUUCAGUCAUUUUAUUUAGGGAUUAUUCAGACACUGACGUUGUAUUAUUAAUGAUCUUUUCUAGAACCACACAGUUACGUCAAAUUAAGAGAUAAACAGCAAGUUAAACCCACUGGAGUGAGACUCUGGUUUCUAACCAGACUCACCACAGUGAUCUGGACUUUUCCACUAGCAUUUACAAUCCCUAACUUUUAUGAACCAUGGCAGACAUCUUGGUCCAGAAGCUCAGCAGGAAGUCUGCUGGAUGGCUGUCAAAUUAAAAGCACCGAUAAAUAAAAAUACAAUCUCCAGAUCAGUGAAAUAAAUAAACGCCUGAAACCAACAGGCUGCUUGUUUUGUUUUGUUUUUUGCAAAUCUGUUGAGUUCUGUGAGAAAUCAGUGAGAAAAAACAAGUUCAAGGUUUUCAGUCCUUUAAAUAUUGAAACAGAUAAAAUGUGAAUCCAAACACAAAAGCUUGGAUUCAGACCCAGAAAAUGUUCUGCGUUUGUUUCCUUUGGUUGGUUCAGCAGCUUAUCGACACGAUUCACAGUCAGAACUGAUAACAUCCAACAGAGACAGGAAGAAAAUCAAUAACCUGGAAAAACCCAGAGCUGCAGCUCCAGUUUCCAGCCUGGCCAGGCGCCAUCGGGCUGACCGGACAUUUUCCCUGAUGUUCUGUUGGGUCAAACCCGUUCAGCAGUUCUUUUACUUCCUGUAUGGUCUGAGCAUCAACAUUAACACCAGCUGUUUUCCUUUUAGGGAUUCAAAAAAUAAAGUCUGUGCAGCAGAAAACCGCCCUGAAACAUGUUGGUGUAAAACCGGUUCGGUUCUGUUUCACUAACAGGAAGUGAUUCGGCUAAAGGAAGCGAAUCCUCUGAAAGCAGCGAUGCUUUCUAAAGGAAACUAGCAGACAGGAAACUAGCAGAAAGGAAACUAGCAGACAGGAAACUAGCAGACAGGAAACUAGCAGACAGGAAACU